AUGACAUGCAAAUAUUGCAAGAAAUCAGGGCACACUAUUGAUACUUGUUAUAGACUUCAUGGAUUCCCAGUUGAUUUCAAGUUCAUAAAGAACAAGAGACAGGCUGCAUCUUAUGUCCAAAUGGUACAUUCCUCAGGCUCAAAUCCAUCCAGCAAUGCUUCCACAUCUACUAUCUCACUUACUCAGGAUUUUUCAUAUGGUUUCACCAAAGAACAUAAGAAUGAUUACUCCCAUUUUACUAAAGGAGUUAGUGCUUCUCUUACUGUUCUUGUUGUUUAUAUUAAUGAUAUCCACCUUGAUGGGGAUGAUGUUUCUGAACUGGACUCCUUGAAGUGGUUUCUGGAUAAUCAGUUUAAGAUUAAGGAACUUAGUCUGUUUUAUGUUGUUUCUGCUCUUUUGGAUGCUUCUUUGAAGCUUACUAAUAAUAUGGGAGCCCCUCUCACUGAUCCUUCUACCUUUAGGAGCUUUGUUGCUUGUGCUGACUCUCGCCGGUCAGUUACUGGGUUUUCUAUCACUUUGGGAGGAUCUCCUAUCUCUUGGAAGAGUAAGAAACAACAGGCUAUCUGUCUCUCAUCUGCUGAAGCUGAAUAUCAUGCUUUGCACAAAGUGGUUGCGGAAUUAUCAUGGCUAGCUGCUCUUCACAUUACUCGGAAUCCUAUUUUUCACGAGUGCACAAAGCACAUCGAGAUAGAUUGCCACUAUGUUCGUGAUUGUGUCCACUCUGGCCUCAUUUCUUUUCACUUUGUUGCUUCUGCUGAUCAGUUGGCUGAUAUUUUCACCAAACCACUUUCUGGUCCAUCACAUCACCAUCUUCUCAGCAAGCUUGGCUUGUACAAUUUGCAUCGGUAA